AUGAGCCAACCUACAAGACUUGAAUAACCUCAAAACGUUUCUUGUCUGUUUACAUCGCGGUUGUAGAGUGAAUAAAAUUUUGAAUCACCACAAUGACAUGGGAGGCCGUGAAACAAGCGGCCGAGAAAAACAGGCACGAGUUAGUGCUGUCGGGCACGUCGGUGUCCCAACUGAUCAAAAACACGCACGGCCUGGAUAAGAACUUGUUUAAUCUUCACAAUUUGAAUUAUCUCAGUAUAACAUAUACGUGUCUCCAGGAAGUGCCGGAUGAGAUCGAGAAACUGGCGAAUCUUGCGACCUUGGUGCUGCACUCGAAUGAGAUCGUCACGUUACCAUGCGAGAUAGCUAAACUGGCCAAGCUGAAGGUACUCGAUUGCUCGAGGAACAAGUUGACCUCUCUCCCGAGGGAACUCGGUGAUCAUCCCCAUUUAAGCACAAUCAAUCUUGCCUCGAAUUGUCUACGAGACGUACCGUCGCUAACUUUAUGCACGAAAUUAAGCAUCCUAGAUCUAUCAAACAAUCAGCUUAAGGCCUUUCCCGAUGUUUGUCAUACAGAACUCAUACAUUUGUCCGAGAUUCACGUUAAUGGCAAUUAUAUAACGGAAAUUCCAAUUACUAUAAGCCGACUGCAGGGAUUGAAGAUUUUAAAUAUAGCAGAUAACUCAAUUUCUGUUGUACCAAGUGAAUUAGCAGAUUGUAGUAAACUGAAGGAAGUGUAUCUGCAAGAGAAUAAAUUGUCAGAUAGGAGGCUAACAAAAUUAAUUAAUCAAUGCUCCACGAAGCAAAUACUGGAUUACGUCAAGUUGCACUGUCCAAGAAGUGAAUUAUCCACGACAGAAAAUAAUACGUCGAAGAAAGGAAAGAGGGGUCAGAAAGUCUCCGAAAGUGAAAAUGUAGUUGAUAGCUUGGCGCAUAAAUUAAAAGUCUUGAAAAUAUUGGACGACACACCAGUGAUAAAAAUUACAGAACACGUAAAAAGUAUCAGGCCUUAUAUAGCUGCGUGCAUCGUGAAAAAUAUAAGCUUCACAGAAGAGAAUUUCAAAAAGUUUAUUCAGCUGCAAACAAGAUUACACGAUGGAAUAUGCGAGAAAAGGAAUGCAGCUACAAUAGCGACUCACGAUUUCAAACUCAUUGUACCUGGAGAUCUCACAUAUACGGCGGAGGUGCCUACAGAAUUGAAAAUAAAGCCUCUAAUGUACAACAAGAUAUACACAGGCGCGGAUCUGUUCCAGAAGUUGCAGAUGGAAGCUGAGGCUCUACGUAAAGAGAAGAAACGAAAUGUGUAUUCUGGAAUACACAAGUAUUUAUAUCUGCUGGAAGGCAAACCUUUAUUUCCAUGUCUGUUGGAUCAAUCACAGCAGGUUAUUUCAUUUCCACCCAUCACAAACAGUGACAUAACGAAAAUGUCUGUAGCUACCGAAGAGAUGCUCGUAGAAGUAACUAGUGCUAUAUCAUACACAAUUUGCAGGAAUGUGUUGGAUCAAUUUCUGAAGGAAUUGAUAAUCUCGGGUCUCGUCGAUUCCAUAGAACCGAAGGAUACGGAUAACAAGUGUAACAACUUGACGGUUCAACAAAUCAAAGUAGUCGACACCCAAGGAAAUCUAAAGUUGGUAUAUCCUUCAAGGGCAGAUUUGAAUCUUAGCGAACAGCUUGUCGUUGUAUUACGAGACUAAAGAGAACAUGGAGAGCAAUUAAAUUUUGCUCAACCUCAAAUUCAA